AUGUCAUUUGUGAAUCAGAGAUGGAGUAUUGCCACGGGAAUUUUACAGGGAAAUUCCCAUUACCCGUCUCUGACUGUGAUUCACUUAAAAGUGAAAUGUGAAACGUUGUCAAAUAAAAGGAAAUUUAAAGAAACUUCAUUAAUUAAACGGUAUCAAUCAAGAAGAAAUGACUUUAUUGAAAGGUUUGCAUUUCAAAAUUGCAAACCGAUGUCUGAAUUCGGCAAGAUCGUGCUCUAG